GAAGAACAUUUCAAAAUGACAAGAGAAAUUAUUUAAAUAGACACAUACAUAUUUAAUACAACAAAAAUUGUCGAAAGUUUCAAAAUUCAAUAAAUUCGCAAGAUGCACAACAACAGUUCGGACAUGAGCUCAAAUGCCACAAUCGUCAGUGGAGAUAACACGGCAUUGAAAAGUCCACCCACCAAAGGGUCACACAACAACAACAACAAGCGGCAACACACUCAUAGUCGAAGUCGUAGUCGUAGUCGAAGUCGAAGUCAUAGUCCUGGUGCCAUGUCCGAAAUAUUCAAAUUGAAUCCAUCGGAAUUGCCCUCAAACAGUCGUCGCGCGUUGCUGCAACAUAUGGUGGCAAGUUUGCCGAAAACAUUGCAGAAUCGUGUGCUCGCUCUGAAGCACAAUCAACUGCAGCAGAUCAAGAUAUCGGAGCAGUUCUUUCGCGAAGUCUACGAACUCGAGAAGCGUUUCUACGCCCAGAGCUGCACGCUCUUCGAUGCCCGUCGCGACAUUGUUGCCGGCAAUGUGGAGCCACCGAACAUUGAGCGCUAUUGGCACGAAGAGCCUGACGAAUUGCUCGAGGAGAUCAAGAGUAGUGAGGAUUUCAAACAGCUGGCCGAACAGCUGCCACAGCUGUCGGCGAAUGCUGUGGGUGUGCCUCGCUUUUGGCUGACAGUGUUUCGCAAUGUGGCACUCAUCUCAGAUCUGGUGCAGGAGCACGAUGAGCCGCUGCUCGAGUGUUUGCUGGAUGUGCGCAUUCGCUAUGAGCCCGACAGCUAUACGAUAUACUUUCAGUUUCAGCCCAACGAGCAUUUGCACACCUCAUCGCUGGUCCUCACCAAAAAGUAUAUUCUUCGCCACGAGGCGGACAAAGAGUAUCCGUUCAUGUUCGAGGGACCGGAGAUUGUGCGCUGUGAGGGCUGUCACAUACAUUGGCGCGAUGGCUUCAAUUUAACCCUGCAGACGGUGCGACAGAAGCGUGCACGGAAGGGUGCUCGGCACUUGGCCAAGGUGAUGCCACGCGAAUCGUUCUUUCGCUUCUUUUCACCACCACAGGCCAUGGAUCUAUCGCUGGCCGAUGAGAAGACCAAAAUGGUCUUGGGCGCCGACUUUGAGGUGGGCUACUUGUUACGCACACAGAUUGUGCCCAAGGCGAUACUCUUCUAUACCGGCGACAUUGUCGACAAUGUGAAUGACGAACUUGCUGCCACCGCGGACAAUACAUCGGCAUCGGUAUCGUCGGGAUCGGAGGGAGCUACCAAAGCAUAGUGCAACGCGAUAGUGUAUGUUAUGUUAAU